UUUAUGACUUUUGAUCACUCAGGAAUUGCCACCAAUUAAAUGUUUUUAUUAUUUAUUUCUUCAGAGGGAAGACAUGAGACAUUACAAAUACUGAUAGCAAUGUUUAACACUUUGUGUUACUUACCAGGAGAGUAUGGUGGUUCAGGCCCACAUUACCAUACAAUACAAUUCAGACAUGCGCUUGUGAGUAGGCCGAAGAUACCCUUUUAUUUGUGUCUCCACUCCAAGUACCAAAAAUCCGCACCGUACCGUACCACUUUUGGGGUACCCUUCCGUUGGGGUACCUGACACAGUUGUUUGGUACUAAAGGGUGGAGCUAGACUCACUGCAGAACGUUGAUUGGUUGAAAGAGUGUCGUCUUUUGCGCGUGCCGCAAGGGGAAAGACAACACACGAAGCGCCGUUUUUAAACUACAACACCGUCGAAACAAUGUUGCCGCGCAGCAUUACUUUAACGUGCCACAUAUCGAGAAGCAAGCACAGGAUCGGCUGUAUGUCCUCCAUUGUUGUUUGUGAUCAGCUUUCAGUUUUCGCGCGAUCGAAUGACGUCAAUCUAUUUUCCGUCCAAUACCACGCCUAUCAAGUGACUGUUGGCGGUGGAAACGCUCGCCAAAUCAUGGUUAACAGACCCGCCCCGACCCGUACCGUACUGCUCGGUGGAAACGCAGAACCUCGCCCACUUUCUUGCAUCCUCCAGUCCUGGAGGCGGAACUCCGGACUGGAGCUGCGCCGCGGACUCCCACCCGGACACAUUGAGGCGAAGCUCAGCGGAAGUCGGAAGCCGUUCGUUCGGGCAAAAGAUGUGGCUGCUCUCCGUGCUGUUGCCGCUGCUCAGGCUCUAUCUGUGCGGGAUCAAAGUUCUGAUCUACCAGAUGUUCAACAGGUCCUUCACGCUGCCAGUCCUACCCAGGCAGAAUGGAAGGGUUGCCGUAGUGACGGGGGGCACCAGAGGAAUGGGUUAUGAGACGGCAAGACACCUGGCCAGCCUUGGCAUGCAUGUGGUCAUAGCUGGAAACGAGUGUGAAGAGGGAGCAGCAGCCGUGAGGACCAUUCAGGAGGAAGGCGUCGAGGGAAAAGUAGAGUUCGUCUUCUUGGACCUCACCUCUCUGAAGUCGGUGCGGGGGUUUGCUAAGGCCUUCGGAGACCGCGGCCUCCCACUCCACGUUCUGGUUAACAAUGCUGGCACCAUGAUGGUCCCCGAGAGACAGACGGAGGACGGCUUCGAGUUCCACUUCGCGCUCAAUUACCUCGGCCACUUUCUGCUGACCAACCUGCUUCUAGACACGCUGAAGAGGUCAGGGCGGCCGGGGCGCUGCUCCAGAAUCAUCAACAUGUCCUCAGCAACUCACUUUGCUGGCGUGGUGGACAUGGAGGACUUGAACAAAAGAAUCUGCUACAGCUCCCACGCCGCUUACUCCCAGAGCAAACUGGCCCUGGUCCUCUUCACAUACCACCUGCAGGAGCAGCUGACGGCCGGCGGUUUCCCGGUGACCGUGAACGCUGUGGACCCCGGCAUGGUGGACACGGCGCUGUACGACAACCUGUGGAGCCUGGCGCAGGCCAUGAAGAAGCCUGUGGCCAAAACACUGUUCAGGACUCCAGCAGAGGGAGCCUCCAUAUCCAUCUACGCUGCAGCCUCCUCUGAGAUGGAGGGGGUGGGGGCCUGUUACCUGUACAACAGCCACAGGAUUCAGUCCUCCAACAGCUCCUACGACUCGGAGCUCCAGGCCGAACUGUGGAAGAAGAGCUGUGAGCUGGUGGGUCAUCGGGGAUAGUUCUACAUCCUACCCGCCCACUGCCUGAGCUUCUCUGGAGUCUGCACACUCAAACAUCGAGCUGUAAAGCUACAACUUGCAUAACAAAACUCAGCCUUUAUGGAAUAAAGAAAAAACCUUGGCUUGGCAUCGUCCCAUGUGCACUAAAGAUGCGCAAAUACUCGAAUAAGAAUCCUUUUAGGAUCCAAGGAUUAGCUACUAACCCUUACCUACAGUAUGUUGAGUAAAAGUAGGCUCUGUGCUAACGGCUAAUACUGUUGCACGUUUAGUGAUAUUAGUAUCCAUGGUAUACACCAGGUUGAGCAAUUGUCCAGAGGCCAACAAAAGGCAUGCCUCUUGAAUUAAUGAAUGAAAAAAGGACUUUCCCCAAGGAGACUGAUUUUUUUGUAGGUAACCAAAACAUUCCUGGAAUUUAACUUGGCAAACUUAAAUUAACCCAGAAUAUGAAAAUUGGAGCAUAAAUGUAGCCAAGUAGUUUUGUAACAUAUAAUAAAUAUAAUAUAAUAUAAUAUAUAUAUAUAUAUAUAUAUAUAUAGGGACAGGUUAACUUAAAAGUACCUUAGUAAAAUUAAAUAAAUUGUAUUAAUGUAACUAAAAUGUAUUGAAAAUACAGAUACCUCUCUGCCGCCUGAGAGCCAGAGAAGUGAGCACAGUGAACCGACAGAAACGUGAUGCUAAGUGUUUAUAGAUGGAGAUGGCAUUGUUCUAGCCAUGUGCCCCACCCCAAUACAAACAGCAUCGUUGUGGCGACCUGCUUACCUUCAAAGCAUGCGACACCCUCCAUCCUUAGACCCUCGUUGACGUGAGGAAGGAAUCUCCGUGGAGAGCAACACAGGAGAGAACAUGUGGCUAUUGACUAUCCUCCAGCAGAAGACACCAGAUAAUAGGCUUUACUUCAUGCAAUGAUUUGUAUCAGACUGAUUCAUGUUGUCUGUGUAACAUGGCAGUGUGGUGAUCUAUGGAAAGUAAUUAUAUGAUAUGUUGAAUGAGAUAAAGCCUUUUUACAUACCAUUAUCA